GGGGACUUACACACAGCUAUACUCUCAUUUCAAAUCAACAUGUUUGGCUCUCUGCAUUGAUGUGGAACUCUCUUGCAUAGAUAACACAAUAUGUAAUCUAUCAAAAGAAGAGCAAAAAAAAAAGUAUAAUGGCAGAUUUGGCGAAUAUGUUUCUGGGAAUCCUUCGUGAUUUGCUGGUUGAAGAAACUAAGUUUUUGCUUAGUGUUGGCGGUGAUGUUGAGAAAGUUAAACGAGAUCUGGAAAGCAUACAUGCUUUGCUGAUGAAAGCAGACAGAGAGAGACGUGAUUCUCCCACUCUAAAGACGUGCAUUUCCCAGCUCAAAGAUCUUGCUUUCAAAGCUGAGAAUCUGCUUGAAACAUAUGCUGUUGAAGUUGAAUCCAAAAGGGAAGAAGGGCAGAGGAGCCUCAAGGACAAAUUUCAAAGGUACAUUUGCAUCAUGUGUGAGUGUUACAGUGUCCACGAAGUUGGGAAGGAGGCUUACGACAUUAUACCUGCCCUGGACCAACUCGCUAAAAAGUUAGAGUCGGAGUUGGAUCAACAAGGCUCAUCAUCUCAUUCCAAGCAGGAAGCUGAGCAGCAGCGUCUGUUGAGACAGACGUAUGCUCAUGAGGUUGAGCAUGAUUUCGUGGGCAUGGAGAAAGACAUCCAGCUUUUGGUCUCCAAGGUGAAGGAUGAAACCAGAAGGAGACGAGUAGUGAAGAUAUAUGGGAUGGGUGGUCUCGGAAAAACUACACUUGCGAGAAAGGUCUACAACCACACAGACCUCCAAUCUUAUGCUCGAGCAUGGGUUUGCAUCACCCAACAGUUUGAACAUAAGGCCGUUUUCGGCAAGAUUUUGAAACAACUUGACAAAGACAUAAACGUUGAUGUCUUGGAAGUUGAGGAUUUGGUCACAAGAAUUCAAAGUUUAUUGAAGGAGAGGAAAUGUCUGGUGGUGAUAGAUGAUAUAUGGGAAGAUGUUCACUGGGAGAUCAUAAAGCAAGCUUUUCCGCUGAAUUGUGAUGUCAUUCUCACAACUCGUAAUGAGGAUAUUGCUAAUCAACAAUCCGAACCUCACAGGCUGGAAUUUCUGACAGAGGACGAAGGUUGGACUUUACUUCAAAAAGUAGCAGAUAUUUCUCCAGAUGACCCAGAUUUAAAAUCAUUUGAAGAUAUUGGAAGAAAAAUUGUAUCAAAGUGUGAAGGAUUACCGCUAUCAAUUUGUGUUAUUGGAGGGAUUUUGCGCAAUAAAGUACACACAGAAUGGGUAGAGGUAAAUCUGAACAUGGAAUCACAUUUGAAGCAUGGAAAAGGUGUUGGAAAAUAUGAAAAAGUAAAUCAGGUGUUGGAGUUGAGCUACGAUGCAUUACCUUAUUACCUGAAACCAUGCUUCCUCUAUUUAGCAUGUUUUCCAGAGGAUCACAAGAUUGAUACAGAGAGACUGUAUUUAUUGUGGAUGGCGGAAGGCUUCAUUUCCUACCAAGAUAAAGAAGGUAAUGAGACUCUAAGAGAUGUGGCUCAAAGAUAUCUAAUAGAACUUAGUAUGAGGUGUAUGGUUCAACUGCAUGAAGCUGACACCUACACUCCACUUAAGAAAUUUGAUUCGUGUGGGCUUCAUGAUUUAAUGCAUGAUCUCUGUUCUUCUAGAGCAGAAAAGGAACAGUUUCUGAUGCGCAUUGAUGCUUCCAAAUAUCUGACCGACAUUCAUUUACCAACUCGAAUAGCCAUCAGUCAUGACCCCUUUAGUGUAUCAAGUAUAGAGGGGUUAAAGGAACUAAAAGGUCUUAGGUCUUUUAUUCUUCUCCAAAAGGAUUUUUAUCAUAGAGCAACCAUGGGCUUCAAAGAGAGUGUGGUUAACUUUAAGAUGUCGGAAUACUUGAGGAUAUUUGUGGUAGAAGGUUGUGAGUUUGAAGGGGGGAAAUUACCAAGCAAUGUAGGUGAAUUAAUUCAUUUAAGAUAUCUGAGUUUGAGGGAUUCUAAUGUGAUAGAGCUACCAAAGUCCAUAUGCAGCCUGCCAUACUUGCAGACCUUAGAUUUGCGAGUAUCACCUGAUAUUAAAUUGCCAAAUGUGAUAUGUAAGAUGAAAAGACUAAAGCAUCUGUUUCUCAAACGCAGAAUAGAAGUGAUUGGAGGGGAGAAACUAAAACUAGGUGGGCUACAAGAGUUGGAGACGUUAGAUGAGAUCAACAGUGAGACAACUUGCAUUGCAGAUAUCCCUACAUUGAUUAGUCUCCAGAAGAUGCAUGUUGAAGUUCAUGAUGUGGAUGUGGAUAGCAUGUCAAUUGUAUUGAACAACAUAAACAGCCACUUACGUGAGAGGCACCUUUCAGUUUACUCAUGUGAUUUCAGUUCGGAGAAAGGUAGAGAGGUUUUGAAUGACGGGUUGAUGUCACCUUCGUUGGUCAGUUUGAGCAUAUGGAGCUGCAAUAUAGGUAGCAGUUUUCCAUACUACAAACCAGAGAUGUGUCAGAAUUUAGUUAUUUUGAUACUAUGUAAUUGCAAGGGUAAGGUAGAUGUGAAGGACCUUGGCAAGUAUCCCAUGUUGCAAGACCUAUUGUUAGAGGGAGUCAAGAUGGAAGAAACAUUAACUUGCCACUCAGAUUCAUUUCCACGACUCAAGGAGCUUCAAUUAUGGAAUUUGCACGAUUUUAAGGAAUGGGAAGUGGAAGAAGGAGCAAUGCCAAAACUUACUUCCUUGCUUAUCACUAGGUGCCCCAAUUUGGAGAAAGUUCCAGAUGGUUUGAGAUUCUCCUCCUCUCUUCGACGGAUGGAUAUCAUGAAUAUGCCAAGAGAAUUCAUGGAGAGAGUAAAUGAAGAAGACUAUGGGCCAUUUGUCAAGAAGGAGAUUGAUAUGGAUAGUGUCUACAAAGAAUAAGCAGUGGUUGAAGCAAAGAUGAUAACAAAAGUUUGAUUCCCAGUGAAGGCUCUCUACACUUGCUUAUUCGCAUUUAUUGCCUCAAUUGAUACUCCAUAAGACUUUCUUGAUUUUUUUUAUGUACUCUCAUAUUAAUAAUAAGGCUCUCCAGCGCACCUCCCGACUCACCACGAGCCACCUACAUCAGCUCCAACACAUCCGCUCUAUGUUGUGUCUUGUUAUCGAGUCAGUGAUUUAUUUCCAUCCGGGUUUUCUUUGUGGUUCUUUCCCGGAUCAGAUUACGAGAGUCGAACCACACAGGAUUAGGUUUGUUUUUCCAUUAUAAAAGACUCUUGUUGUUUCCGUUAUUUCAAAUUUUCAAUUGAGCAAUAACAGCUUAUGUUUUUCAAACUCGAAACUCUCACUUUUUCCGGCAUGUGUCAAGACUUGUAUCGUAUAUUCUACCAAUUUGUUUUCUUGUUGGUUGGAUGUGUUUUUUAUGACAACAAAUACUGCCAUUGUUAUAUAUACUUUUUGUGGAUGCAUGGA